ACCAUCGAAAUGCCUGUGUGAGUCUGCUCAGUAACGGAGCCAGAUGAUGCAGGUGGCAGCAGAGCUUUGCUCUAACUUGUUUGAAGUUUUUUUUCCCCAUGUCAAAGGUGAAGGAUUAUGCCUGGCAUAGGAAUUUAGUCUUCAAAUGAAGGAUUUUAUGGGCUGAAUCUCAACAACUUCGCGGGCAGAAUGUGAGCACUGGCUUGUGCCUACAUGGUUGUAUUUGUGGACGAACGAGGAUGUCUGUGUAAAUCAGUGUUAGUGAAGUGCCAUGCUAUUCCUUAGCAGUGGGACCGUGGAUGCGACCCCAAGGAGUACAGCUAUUGGUCAACAGCAGCAGGGGAAAACCGUUUACCACAUCUCUGUAAUCCUGAAAGAAACAGAGGAAGAUGCUUCGGUGUCAGAUCUGGGAGUGGGCCAAGUCACUCACACCCUGGUGGAGAAUUGCCAAUCAGGAGGAGAGAUAAUUAGUGUCAUGCCAAUGGAGAACAGCCCCAGGCUGGGCAGGGCAAGACAGGAGCUCAACAGGUGGCCCUCCCUGAGCAGCACAGGUAGGGCUAGGAGGCAAAGAGAGGAAGUAGUUGUGGAGGAGAACGAGGAGGAGCUGGAGGAGGUGGGAGAAAUGAAGACAGACAGGUUUUUGAAACAGCCCUCUAAGAACUCAGGUAAUUCUUCACAGCGAGACGUGGCAGAGUUAGCUGAUAAGACAGACGCCAAGGAGCAACGCAUUCGGAGCUCAACAUUACGCUCUGUCACUGUCCACGCUAGAGGGCUUGUCUUUGGGGAACAUGUUGCCGGACACAGCACUCUGCCCCGGGUCGUGUUGCGAAGGCCACGUCAGGAUGAAGCUCCGCUCGGUAGGAAAACCGUGAGCAUGUAUGGCGACUCAAUUAAGCAACAAAGAGAUUCUCAACCUGAACAAGAAAGACGGCUCCGGAGGCCCAGGAGCGUGUGCAUGCUGGCAGGCCCAGUCCCAGUCCUGUCGGAGACCCAGAACCAGCAUCCCCUCAGGAGGGCAGGUACUUUUGAAAACAACCAGCAGCACAGGAGCAGGAAGGCUGAGUUGAGGGCUGUUGAUGGCCUCGAUCCUGCUGUGGUGCAGCGGCCUUUGGCCCAUGCAGAGGUGACCCCCAGACACCAGAGGAGCUGGAAGCCCAGGCCUGUCAGUAUGACAGUACUGGAGCUAAGAAAGCCGGGAUCUGAUGAUGAGCUAGAUAGCCGGAGGAGCAACACAAGCGGUGAUGGAGGCUUUCUCAAAGGAGGCUUCCGGUGGAGGCUUUUUGGCAAAGGAUCUCCGGAUAAGAGCAAAGAGAGGGAAGAUGACAAAGAUGCAAAAUCUUCUCCUAAAUUGAACAAAUCUGAUGCUCCAAAAAGUACACUGAGCUCUUUAAGACGGAGCCUCAGUCUGCGAAUCAGAAGGACUAGGCCCCGGGACAAAGUUUCUUCAGGGUCUGAAGCGGAGUCAAAGCAGCGUUCUCGGACUAAAAGUACAUCUGAGGAAACGACAAUGCCUCCUCGACCUUUCUCAUACCUCACAGGAAGAAUGCUUCCAACUCCCAGUGAGCACACUGAGGAUGGAGUACAGUACAUUCAGUAUCACAGCAAGGGGAAGGUCAAGGUAAUGGAGGUACCCCUCUGUCCAACAAAACUGUCUUCCAAACCAGUUCAGGAAGAACAAAGCAUAUGGCAGCUCAUAGCCAAUCGUUUCAGGAGGAAGGAGCAGCCAUACAGUGGCAAAUGUGAAUCCCAGCUGUCCCAGAGCAAAGACACAGGCCAGUAUCCCCUGGCUGGGAAUAAUAACUCACAGCCAGUCACCAUAGAGAUUCUGGCAGGCAUUGACUCCCACAAAGGUCAAGACUCUUUCGUCAACAGUCAAGAAUGGACAUUGAGUCGGUCAGUGCCGGAGCUGAAAGUGGGCAUUGUGGGAAAUCUGUCCAGUGGGAAGUCAGCCUUGGUCCACCGGUACUUGACAGGCACAUAUGUGCAGGAGGAGUCUCCUGAAGGCGGACGGUUCAAGAAAGAAAUAGUGGUGGAUGGACAGAGCUACCUACUUCUGAUCAGAGAUGAAGGAGGGCCUCCAGAACUGCAGUUUGCCGCCUGGGUUGAUGCGGUGGUUUUCGUCUUUAGCCUGGAGGAUGAGAUCAGCUUCCAGACAGUCUACAAUUACUUCUUGCGCCUAUCCAGCUACAGGAACACAGCUGAGGUCCCCAUGGUCCUCGUUGGAACACAAGAUGCAAUCAGUGCUGCCAACCCCAGAGUGAUUGAUGACUCGCGGGCUAGAAAGUUGUCAAACGACUUGAAGCGCUGCACAUAUUAUGAGACCUGCUCCACCUAUGGCCUGAACGUGGAGAGAGUCUUCCAGGACGUUGCCCAGAAGGUUGUGGCCAUGAGGAAAAAGCAGCAGCUCUCUAUUGGUCCAUGCAAAUCUCUCCCUAACUCUCCCAGCCACUCAUCAGUCCCCGCUGCGUCUAUCCCCUCUGUUCACAUUAACCAGGCGGCCAAUGGUGGGGGUGCAUUCAGCGACUACUCCUCCUCUGUUCCCUCCACCCCCAGCAUAAGUCAGCGGGAGAUGCGCAUUGAGACCAUCGCCGCCUCCAACACACCCACGCCCAUCCGCAAGCAGUCAAAGCGCCGCUCCAACAUUUUCACAUCACGGAAAGCCAGUGAACAGGCAAAGAGCGUUGACAGUAAAACAGACAGCAUAGGCAGUGGAAGGGCCAUACCUAUCAAACAGGGAAUCCUUCUGAAGCGAAGUGGCAAAUCCCUCAACAAGGAGUGGAAAAAGAAAUAUGUCACGCUGUGUGAUAAUGGCGUCCUUACUUACCACCCCAGUUUACAUGACUACAUGCAGAACGUACAUGGGAAAGAGAUAGACUUGCUGAGGACAACGGUCAAGAUUCCCGGGAAGCGACCCCCGAGAGCGGUGGCCACCGUGGCCCCCACUGCUAGCCCCAAAACCAACGGGAUGACCAAGGACCGCAGCACCUUGCAGCUAGGAAUAGGAAACACAGGCGCUCCUCACUCCAACAGUAGCACUUCCCUCCAGACGGGCGGGUCGGUGUUUGGCGGCAGUAAAGAUGGCAUGCACCAACGCUCCUUCUCCGUGUCCAGCGCCGACCAGUGGAAUGAAGCCAUCAACACCAGUACAAGCAGCGGAGCCCCCAAUGGGAUGAAUGAUCCUGCGACUUCCAGUGUCGGCAGUGCAACAAGUCCUAAACUUGAGCCACCUCCUUCGCCACACGCCAACCGCAAGAAACACAGGCGGAAAAAGAGCACGGGCAUCACCAAGCCGGACGGCUUAUCUACAGGCAAUGAAGAGCAAGAAGACUCCUUUGAGUUCAUCAUCGUGUCGUUGACGGGUCAGACGUGGAACUUUGAAGCGUCUACAUACGAGGAGAGGGAACUGUGGGUCCAAGCGAUUGAGAGCCAGAUCUUUGCCAGCCUGCAGUCUUGUGAGAGCAUAAAGAACAAGUCUCGGUUAGGCAGCCAAAGUGACGCAAUGGCCAUUCAGUCCAUACGAAACGUGAGGGGGAACAGCUUCUGUGUGGACUGUGAUGCACCUAACCCAGACUGGGCCAGUCUGAACCUGGGCGCCUUGAUGUGCAUUGAGUGCUCCGGGAUCCACAGAAACUUGGGCACCCACCUGUCUCGUGUCCGCUCCCUGGACCUGGACGACUGGCCAGUGGAGCUCAGCAUGGUGAUGACGGCCAUCGGCAACACAAUGGCCAACAGCGUGUGGGAGGGAGCUUUGGAAGGCUACACCAAGCCUGGGAGCGAUAGCACCAGGGAGGAGAAGGAGCGCUGGAUCCGAGCCAAGUAUGAGCAGAAGCUGUUCCUGGUAGGACUUCCCCAGUCGGACGUGCCUCUGGGUCAGCAGCUGCUUCGGGCGGUGGUGGAAGAUGACCUGAGGUUGGUGGUGGUGCUGUUGGCCCACGGUACCAAGGAGGAGGUUAACGAGACCUACGGGGACGGAGAUGGGCGCACAGCUCUGCACCUCUCUUGCGCAAUGGCCAAUGUGGUCAUCACGCAGCUUCUCAUCUGGUACGGCGUCGACGUGAAGAGUCGGGACGCACGUGGCCAGACCACGCUGUCCUACGCUCGACGAGCCGGCAGCCAGGAGUGCGCAGACAUCUUACUUCAGCACGGUUGCCCUAAUGAUACGAGCAGCCUGACGUCCGUGCCCACGCCCAACAUGAGCCGCCGCAACCCCAAUCCCAACAUCAACAACAACAAUGCCCAGUGUGAGCUCAACCGUAGUAUCAGCAUCAUGUAGGGACCGGAGAGCAGGCGCAGGCAAACACAAAACCCCGGACCCACCCCUGUCUCUUCCCAGUACUUCCUCCUCUGUUUUACACUGUGUAACCCAGAAUCAGUACCAAUGGAGAGAGAUCAGGAGGGACUCAUUGUUGAUAUUCCACUAUGCCAAAAUAAGUGGGCGUUUGUGGGGUUUGGACAUUGUACAUUGUUUGUUUUAUAUUAUUAUUUUAUAUUUGUUUUGUUUGUUUAAUUCAUUCAAUCUUGGUCUGAAAAGAUCAUGAUCAGCUUUAAGCUUUUUGUUUUUUAAGCGUCAACCAAACAAAUGACUUACUUUGGCAUUCAUACCUACCCUACGAAAAGCAUUUCCUUAAUGCUUGAACAUUUCCGUUUAUGUCUUCCCCUUCUGCUACGUGAACUGAUUUUAUAAUGAACGUGAAUGAGAAACUUCCUUCAAAUUUCCAAGCCUAAGCAUAAUAACAUGAAACUGUGAGGAAUAGUUUUACAAGUGACAAAACAAUGAUGUAGGGAAGAAACUAAAUCUUCUAUGAUAUCAGGGGCUGUUACAGCUUUAGUAAUGAUGCAUGUCUUCAACACAGCUAUCAAACUCUUGAUAUAUUAUUCAUAUACAAAGGCAAAGCAAUUAUAGUUGAAGAGUCCAAAUGAUUUAGAUACUUAAUUCACAGGAAAAUGGGUUCGGAUCAUCAUAAAGGAGUUGAUUGCAGAAUUCCUUUUGGGGUGAAAGUAAGUCAUUUCCUUUGCCACCCUUGUCGUGAUCCUCCAGUAAAAGUGUCCAUGACUACGAAGGAAUUAAGGGGCUUAAUGUUUUAUGACCAUUGAGCUACACGGCUUUGUAAGCGUGCCUCUUCAAUCAGAAUUCAUUCAGAUUCAAAGGAUUUGAUUGAAACAGUGAAAUUGUACCAUUACGAUGUCUUUGUUGGAGUAAUUUUCCGAUUGACCAGAUUGUCUCAAUAAUUGUUUGACAAGAGAUUCACACAAUUUAAAAACCAUAAGCGUAUUGGAAUAUCCAUACACCUCCUGUAGCCAACGGCUGUAAAAUUGGUACUCUCGAGAGCAUUUCCUCUUUUGUUGCUGUGAAAUACAUAUAUGGUGCUGUGUGUGUGUGUGUGUGUGUGUGUGUGCGUCCAUACAUAACUGUAUGAUACGUGUGUGCUUUACGUCGCCGUCUGUAACCGUGUGCAGCAGAGAGCGACUGGGAAUUUAUGUUCAUAAACAUUGGAGAAAGGACACUGGAGAGAAGAGACCUACAGUGAAGAUAUGGGGACAUAACUGUCUCUUAAUGUACAGACAUCUGUAAAAAAAAAAGUAGUUCUCAUUCCUUCACCUUAUUCCUUAUAAGAACAGUUUGAACUAACUCUGACUUUUAGCAUUUAAAAAAAACAACCCUUUACUUCAACCUAUGUGCGCUCCCCCUUUCCUGAGAACCUGUCCGUCUAAAAGCAGGUAGUUAACAAACUACAUUCAAGUUAGAGCGACAUUUAGGGAUUAAAAUGAGCAAAGAAGUUCAUAGAGGGAAGCAUAAUUAGUUUGACUCUCUUUGCAUUAAUACAAAUGUACAGUAUUCCACAGACAUGAUAAGCCAAAUCAUUUAUGUUAAUUAGGACUUGGGUAAGAAAUUAAUUCAGGUAGUUUAAACAAUGUCUACAGUACUCCCUUUUACUCAACUGCCAUUUUUAAGGUUUUAAAACGUCUUGAUUUUUAUGCGUUUACAAAGGCAGGAUGUAUGUUUACAGAGCAAGUUAUUAACUUGGUACCUUAUCUUCACGAUUUCCACGUUGUUGCUUUACAGUAGUCCUGUUUUCAGAGCCCACGGUGAAUGAAUAUGUGGUCAAAAGAGGAUGUUUCUAAAUUCAGGAGACAGCGAUAUCAUAAGGGAACAGUUUGGCAUGUUUGUAAAUACACUUCUUGAUCAGAAGUUUGAUCAGAAGAUCAAUACCACCCUUGUGUCUGCGCAAUAAGUGCCUAACUGGAGUCAGGGGUUGAUUAGCCUAGUAAAAAGUUAGCUUGGCUUAACAAAAAGUUACACCACCAAACUCCCUAUAAAAACACAAAUUGUCAUUUUAAUGUUUCCAUUUUUAUGUGAAUCAAACAAACAAGAUAUAUUAUGUUAGUUUGUAAGUUUUUAGGGAUGCAAACUUUGAAGCGAGCCAGGCUAACUCUGUCCCUUAUGCUAGCUAAGCUAACAAGCUUCCCAACUCUUGCUUCGUACUUAACGCACAGACGCGAGGCUGGUAUCAAUCCUCUCAUCUAACUCUCAGCAAGAGAAUAAGAAUAUUUGCUUUCUUGAUUUAGAAGUUUGAUCAGAAGAUCAAUAACACUCUUGUGUCUGUAAAAGUAUGAAGCUGGAGCCAACUUGGCUUAGCAAAAAAAAGCAAAGCAAAAGAAGUUACACAAAUAUAUCAUUUUAAGGUUUCCAUUUUUAUAUGAAUCAAACAAACAAGAUAUGAAAUGUUAAUUUAUAAACUUAAGAGGUACUGGUGCGCAAAUUUCCAAACUUCCAAACUACAAGAGAGUGUUAGCUAAGCUAAACAGCUUCUCUAGCUCCAUACUUAAUGCACAGACGCAAGAAUAGUAUCAAUCUUCUCUCAGAAAGAAAGUGAAUAAGAAUAUUGUUAAAUGAUUUCUUCAAGACAUCCCAAAUCUGGCCACAAAUUCAACCAGAUACCUUUUUAAAUUUACUUGUACUGUACAGUGGUACUGGCCUUAUUUCUGAUUUCUACUUGACCAACUUAUUUUAAUAAGUACAUUUCAGUGUCCAAGGAGAUUACUGAGAGGAGUUUAAUGUGUAUAGUGAUUACCUGAACCCUUAUUUACAUAUUGUAGAAGCUGAAAAAAAAAAAAAACUAGAAACCUGCCUGUUUUUUCUCCUCAACCAACAUGAAGUGUACAUAUUAGCUUAAUGCUUUUAUCUGGAGAAAAGCUCCUCCUAGAGAAACGAACUAAUCCGGUUUCAGGUCAACAGUCCCUUUGACCCAUAAACCAUAUUUUGAUAUGUUGUCUUUGUUUCUCUUUAGGCAUAUUUUUAAGGUACUUCUGUUUGGUCUCGACAUUAACCGGCCAUCUUUGGUACUUGUGUAUAAUGAUGUACAUUUGACAUAUUUAUAAUGCAGUAUGUAAAUAUCUUUUUUGUUUUGUUUUGUUUUUGUUCAAGUUAAUUUUCCUAUUGUAAUUCUUUUACGUUCAGAACGUGAAACAAGGCAAAAGCUAAAGAGUAACAUGUUGUAUGCUUGGAUGCUUGGCUGACUGUUGACCUAUUAAUAAACACUCAAAUAAAACAAUGUAGCCUUCCCUGCAUUUAGGGAAAUCGA